AUGCCUAUCAUAACCGCCAGUGGCGCCACCAUCACCAGCGGCUCUGCUACUUUAGGAAAAAUGCCAAAAUCCACUGGACUCAUCGGCAGGUCUGCGAACCGAAAGGCCAGCAUAGAUGGCUCUCAGCACCAAGAUGAUGGCUACUUACAGCUUAGUGCCAGGACCAACCUUCAAUACCGCAGCUUACCCCGGCCCAGUAAAUCCCGCAGUGGCGCCGGAAACCGAUCGAGCACCAGCAGCAUCGACUCCAACAUCAGCAGCAAGUCCGCCGGGCUGCCCAUCCCUAAAAUGAGGGAGGCCGGAAAAGUGACCCUUGGAAACUCGGUGCCAGGAUUGAUAAACCAGACCGACCGCGAGAAAAGGGAUCUCCUCGGACAAUGAGAGUGUAGCGUCCUGCAACUCCGUGAAACUGACCCCAGCAUCACAAGGAGCCCCUGGUGGUACCCGCCAGACGGGAAAUAAAUUACCCCGAUGUAUCUUCACCCACAUUACGCAGGCUUUUUGGUGGAAAGCCCAAUAAACCAGGCCCGGUCACAACUUCGGAGAACAUGAAAAACUCUGUGAUCAUUUCCAACCCCCACGCCACCAUGAGCAUCUCCUCUCAUCCAGACUCUCCAUCCGGCAGCGGUAUCCUGAGCAGCGGAGGCAGCAGCCCUCUCUACGGGAAAGGCAUGGAUCUAAACCCGUCUCCCCUGGCCUCCAGCCCCGGCUCUGCCUAUUCCGCACCCUCCAAUAGCUUAACCUGGGGCACCAACGCCAGCAGCUCUUCCGCCGUCAGCAAGGACGGUUUGGGGUUUCAGUCCAUCAGCAGCCUUCACACCAGCUGUGAAUCGAUCGACAUCUCCCUCAGCAGCAAUAAUUCGCCCAGCGCUCUGACCGCAUCUCCCCGGGAUGACUCCAUGUCUGGAUUUGUGAGGACAAAUAGUGUGAAGACCGCAAUGUCAGAGAGCCCUCUGUCCUCCCCUGGUGCUAGUCCUAAGUUCAGCAGAAACACUCUUCCCCGGAAGCAGGACAGUGACCCCCAGCUCGAUAGAAACACAUUGCCUAAGAAGGGAUUCAGGUAUGCACCGUCCUCUCAGCUCCGAAGUCAGGAUGACACCAAGGAAUGGCUGCGUUCUCAUUCGGCAGGAGGGCUACAAGACACGGCCAGUAGCUCUCCAUUUUCACCUGGCUCCAGCAUUACGUCUCCAUGUGGAACUAGAUUUAAUUUCUCUCAGCUUGCGAGCCCAACAGCUUCAUCGCAGAUGAGUUUGUCAAACUCGGCAAUGCUUCGAACUCACAGCCUGUCCAACGCCGAUGGCUCAAGUGACCACUACGGCGAGACCCGCUUCCGAAACAGCUCCAUGUCAUUGGAUGAGAAGACCCGAACCAUGAGCCGCUCCGGAUCUUUCCGAGAUGGGUUUGAAGAAGGU